AUGCGCUUUGCGCCGCUGAAAGCAGGAACAAGAAUCUCGCAAGCAAAAUGCCAACUUUUGGAGUCACACAAAGUGAAGGCUGGUAAAAGCCAGCAAACAACCUUCGUUGGCGAUAGGGAUGUUGCCGAGUGGGAGACGCCAAUGAACGACCACGAGAAUCUGGAGCAACGCUUUUACAAGACGACGCAGAGCCUUCCUCUUCCUGCAGAGCCGAAACAAUGUUCUCCAGAUAUGGAAUCCCACGAUAUCAGCAUGACCCACCUUCUUUCGAUCGAGGUCACUGUUCAGGAUUCAGACAAUAGUCCUUUUGCAAAUAAGUACCGUGCAUCGCUGCCUGUCGUACUCUUUGCAUCACCUCAGAUGCCAAUUGAUGCGAAUAACAAGUUCGUUCGGUCAACGAGUCCGAAUAUCGAGGAAGAUGUGGCAUCACUCAGCGGGCUGGACGUACCGCCUGUCUACGGCGCACAUCUGCAGGACAAAGUCUUAAAUGACUUGUCGAAAUCCUUGCAUGUGUAG